UCUUCUUCACACUCCUUCAAACGCAUAAUCUUCCAACUUUCUCGCGUUUUCUUCCUUCUAAAAAAUGGCAUUUUCUAUAGCCGAUGCCGGAGCCGCAACCGGAGCCGGAGCUUUGGCUUCUCCAUCGGCGAAUUGCUCUUCUUCUACCAAGUUUUCUUACUUGGCUUCUUUGCAAUUUCCCAGAGAGCUUCGUCGUGUUCAAAUUGGGAACUAUGGGUUGAAGUCAAAGAAAGGGUCUUCACGUCUUGUUCCUCUGGUUGAAGCAAAGAAGCAAACAUUUUCUUCCUUUGAAGAUAUGUUGGAGAACUCUGAGAAACCAUUAUUGGUCGACUUCUAUGCUACCUGGUGUGGUCCUUGCCAGUUCAUGGUUCCUAUUCUAAACGAAGUUGGUGAAUCGAUGAAAGAUAAAAUUCAAGUGGUGAAAAUUGAUACAGAGAAGUACCCAGCCCUCGCAGAUAAGUACAAAAUACAGGCGCUGCCAACCUUCAUAUUGUUCAAGGAUGGAGACGUUUGUGAUCGCUUUGAGGGCGCACUCAAUGCUCCUCAAUUGAUGCAACGCAUAAAAUCUGCACUGGAAGUAAAGCAGUAGUCUUGGCGUGCUGCCUUUCUAGCGCUCGAAUCAUCGUUUUGAAGUUAUUCAUUUUUAAAUUUCAAUGAUCGUGCUCUGUGGAAGCCUUCAGUUUCUCACUCCAUGUAUUUGCAAAGAAAAUUGAUUAGAUACAGGUGUACAAUGAUUAAUCAAUUUACCCUAACUGCUGUAAUUUUUUCUCCCUUAAAAUAUGAUUAAACUUUAAUUUUUUAACAGAAUGGCAAACUUUGAUCAA